CAGCAGCAGCAGCAGUCUUAUACUCAACCCUCUUGUAGCGUCCAGGAUGAAGAAGCUGCUCCUCGAUGUGGACACCGGUGUCGAUGAUGCCCAGGCCAUCAUGAUUGCCCUCUCCUCCCCAAACGUGGAGGUUUUGGCCAUCACCUGCUGCCAUGGCAACACACCUUUGGACAACGUCCUCAAGAACACCCUGCGUGUCCUGAAAGUCUGCAACAAGCUGGAUAUUCCGGUCUAUAAGGGUUUCUCGAAACCUCUGCUGGAAAGCAAGCGAAAUGCUGGAGAUUACCACGGGAUGGACGGGCUGGGUGACGUYCCUGAUCCAGAUGCUCCAGGCGUGGAGCUGCUGCAGAAGGAGGCAGCUGCUCAGGCCAUGGUCAAGAUCGCAAAACAGCAUCCGGAGGAGGUGAUCCUUGUGGCMACCGGACCCCUCACUAACCUGGCGGUGGCCGUGCAGCUGGACCCCUCCUUCCCUAAGAAGCUGAAGGCGCUCUACAUCAUGGGAGGAAACAAUGACUCCAGGGGCAACACCACCGUGUGUGGAGAGUUUAACUUCGUCGCUGACCCCGAGGCGGCUCACAUCGUGCUGGAUCGCUACAACUGCCCCACCUACAUCGCAACGUGGGAGUUCAGCUGUCGAAGCAGCCUUCCAUGGUCUUUCUGUGAUGAGUGGCUCUCCCACAAAUCUGAGAAAGCUAACUUCAUGAGAAAGAUAACAGCCCUGUCCAUGAAGAAAGCGAGGUCAGCCGAGUACCAAAAGGAGGUCAUCGCAGGAGGAGGCUUCAAUCCCUGCGACGUCUUCGCUUUGGCUGCUGCCGUCGAUGAUAAAUUCAUAAAAGAGAAGGACGAGGUGGCUGUGACGGUGGAGCUGGAUGGGAAACACACCCGGGGCAUGAUGGUCCUGGACUACAUGGAGCUGCUGCAGAAGCAGCACAAGGUCUUCAUUAUGAAAACUGUGGACUCGGAGAGACUGAAGAAGAUGUUGAUUAAAGCCAUAAAUUAGAUCGAUUGUGGAACAAACAUGGAUUAAACAGGCCUAUAUCAGAAUAAAGUUUUUUUGUGAUGGACCUCAUAUAACUGUUUUUUUUUUUGUCACUUGUUUUUUUUUUUUAAUCUCCAAUAGCUGUCACUGUAACCAAGACAGAGAACAUAGAAAUUCAUAUUUGCAUUUUUCAUAACAUAUUCUCUAAAUUACGUAAUUUAAGACUUGAGCUACAAAUCUGAAUGUUUUUUUAGCAAAUACUGAGAUCCUCUUUGAUCACAAUAAAAGCCAAAAGAUUAAUGUUAAA